AACGCUGACGUCGACUUCUGCAGCAAAAUGGCGUCGUUGACAGCAGUCAUGCAGACGAGCCAGCCCGGUUCUUUAUUAUCUUCCAAAAGACGGAGCGGAAUGAUGUCGCAAAGGAGGUUCAGACUUUUGGACAACAGUGUCUUUGUGUUGCUUGCGUUAUCCUCUUUGUUGCAUUGUGCUUUGGCUGACGGCAAAACGUUGGUUCUACUGGACAACCUCAACAUCAGAGACACCCAUUCAAUCUUCUUCCGCAGUCUGGCAGAUCGAGGCUUUGACAUCACAUUCAAGACGGCUGACGAUCCCUCCCUAUCUCUCAUCAAAUACGGCCAGUUCCUGUACGACCAUUUAGUCAUCUUCUCACCAUCAGUUGAGGACUUUGGAGGAAACAUAAACGUGGAGACUAUCACAUCCUUCAUUGAUGGUGGAGGCAAUGUCCUGGUUGCUGCGAACUCAGAUAUUGGUGACCCUUUGAGGGAGCUGGGCAGCGAGUGUGGCGUCGAGUUUGAUGAAGAGAAGACCGCCGUCAUCGACCAUCACAACUACGACGUGUCUGAUGCUGGAGAGCACACCCUGAUUGUCGCUGACCCAGAGAACCUGAUGAAAGCUCAAACUAUUGUUGGUACACCCACCAACAAACCAGUUCUAUUCAAGGGUGUCGGCAUGGUGGCAGACCCAGAGAACCCUCUUGUCCUGGACAUCCUGACCGGCUCCUCCACUGCCUACUCCUUUUUCCCAGACAGACCAAUCUCUCAGUACCCCCAUGCUGUUGGCAAGAACACCCUCAUGAUCGCCGGCCUUCAGGCCAGAAACAAUGCCCGAGUGGUUUUCAGCGGCUCCCUGGAUUUCUUCAGUGAUGCCUUCUUCAACUCUGCAGUGCAGAAAGCCACGCCCGGCUCCCCAAGGCAUGAGCAGACAGGGAACAUGGAGCUGGCCGAGGCUCUGUCUCGCUGGGUGUUCAAGGAGGCCGGAGUCCUCAGGGUGGGAGCUGUCACCCACCACACCGUUGGAGAGGUCUCUCCUCCUGCAGCGUACACAAUCACUGACCUUGUGGAGUACACCAUCGUCAUCGAGAUGUUGUCCCAGGGCCGCUGGGUUCCCUUCAACGGAGAUGAUAUUCAGCUCGAGUUUGUGAGGAUCGAUCCCUUCGUCAGGACUUAUCUCAAGAGAAAGGGAGAUAAAUACAGUGUCCAGUUCAAGCUGCCCGAUGUGUACGGAGUCUUCCAGUUCAAGGUCGACUACAACAGACUGGGAUUCACACACCUCUACUCCACCACUCAGGUUUCUGUGCGUCCCCUGCAGCACACUCAGUACGAGCGCUUCAUCCCCUCAGCCUACCCAUACUACGCCAGCGUGUUCUCCAUGAUGGGCGGACUCUUUAUCUUCAGCAUAGUGUUCCUGCACAUGAAAGAGAAGGAGAAGUCAGACUAAUGCAGAGAGACAACGGUGAAGGCAUAACGAGAUUAUAGAAAACAUGUGGUGUGAAGAGCUGAAAUUGAAUGUCUUGAAUCUUCACGCCAGGACUUGGACAGCAGUCCUCCGAAAAAAUACACUUUCUGUUCGGUUAUUGGGUUAUUUAAUAAAUCGGGGCUUAAAGCCAAAAGGGGUUACUGUAAUGCAGUGGUUGGGUUUUUUUUUUUUUUUUGUACUCUGGAAUCACUCAAAGCCUGAUAAAUGUAC